AUGCCAUGCAGUGAUCACAACAUGUCUUUGAAGAAGUGGAUCUGUGUCUUGAUGGUGACCAGCUUUUUACGGGCAGAAUCACAUGCUCAGCUUGAUGUGUGUGGCACCACUCCCCUGAACACCAGGAUAGUUGGAGGUCAAGUCGCUCCAGUUGGAAAGUGGCCCUGGCAGGUCAGCCUGCAGCAAAAUGGCGGCCAUGUUUGUGGUGGUUCCCUCAUCAACAAAGAGUGGGUGAUGUCUGCUGCUCACUGCUUCUCCAGUGUCAGUACAUCUGGAUGGCAGGUUUCUCUUGGGCGUCAGAACCUGCAGGGCAUAAACCCAAAUGAAGUGUCCAGAACUGUGGCCAGUGUCAUUUUGCAUCCUCAAUAUAACAGUGGCACCAGCAACAACGACAUUGCUCUGCUCAGACUCUCCUCACCAGUCCAAUUCACAGACUACAUCAGACCUGUCUGUCUGGCAGCCAGUGACAGUGUGUUUAACACCGGUACUGGUAGCUGGGUCACUGGAUGGGGUGCAGUCCAGGAGGGAGUGCUGUUGCCGUUCCCUGAAGCUCUUCAACAAGUGCAGGUGCCGGUUGUGGGAAACAGACAGUGCAACUGUCUCAAUGACGUUGGUACUGUCACAGACAACAUGAUCUGUGCUGGUGUUCUGGCAGGAGGCAAAGACUCUUGUCAGGGCGACUCAGGAGGUCCAAUGGUGAACAAGAAGGGCUCCGUCUGGGUCCAGUCCGGAAUUGUUAGUUUUGGUUUUGGCUGCGCUCGGCCCAAUCUGCCGGGAGUCUACUCCAGAGUGUCCAGGUACCAGUCCUGGAUCGACUCCCACAUCAGCUCUGAUAAGCCGGGCUUUGUCCAGUUCACCUCCAGUGGGCUGGAUGCUGACAGCAGCUACACCUGUCCUGGUCUGCCACCUCCUGUUACACAUCCAACGACCGCAACAGGAAACUCAGCCAGUUUCUCAAUUUCUCUUUUGCUGUCUUUCGCUGUGCCUGUGGCCUCAGUGUUUCUGUUAUCAGGAUUUUAGGUUGGUUGUGUCACAGCCGUUUUUACGGUUCAUAUUUGCUAUCUUCUUAAACUCUCUUAGAUGCAUUUAAAAAGAUCAGGUCAGUUGUCAGUCCCUUUCAAGAGAAUAUUUGCAUAAAAACAAAAGGUACAUUAAUGUUCUAUUUUAUUGAAUAUUAAUAAAUUGGAGGGAGAUGUUUUUGUUUCAAUAAAUCGAAUGAAGGACAACUUAUGUAAAAAAAUGUACAUCCCGUAAUACCAGUAACAAUAAUAUCUUGCAAAUAUAACAGCAGAAAGGUCUUAUUGUAACCUACAAUUUGUUAUUUGUGCCAAAAAUUGGUGUUAGAAAAAUAU